AUGCCUUCUAGACAAAUUGAUGUCUGUAAUAUUGAGAUUCCACAAGGAGUUACGUUAGCUGAUCCAGACUUUCACAAACCGGGUAAAAUUCAGUUACUUUUAGGAUCUGAAAUAUUUUUCGAUUUGAUAAGAUCCGGGCAAAUUUAUGUACCAAAUACAAAUUUAGUGUUACAAAACUCAGCAUUUGGGUAUUUGGUAAGCGGUAGCAUUGAAGAUUUACCACAUGAGAAACAAUUAAUGCAUUGUGGGUUAAUUUAUGACAAUGUCGAAGCACAGUUGAAGAAGUUUUUUGAUUUGGAAUCAAUUGGUAUCAGAGAUGAUCCCAAUUCUUACGAUGAAGAUAAAGCAUUAGAGAUAUUCAACAAAACUGUUAGUUUCAAAGAUGGUCGUUAUAUUGUUAGUCUGCCUUGGAAGAAACGUUGGGAACAUUUAGGCGACAAUUUUGGUGUCGCAGAAAAAAGAAUAAAAAUCCUGAUGAGAAAAAUGCAGCAUGAUAAUACAUUAUACCUGAAAUAUAGAAAACUUUAG